AUGGAGGAGCAGGCCGUGGCCCACGCCACCCCCUCUCCAGUGACAGCUCCCCCAGCCAAAUCCCAAAGCAGCCCUUCCAGGAUAUUUUGGGUCACCCUAUCUGUCAUUUUGAUCUGUGGAAUUAUCUGCAUCGCUGUGACCACAGCUCUCAGCUUCACUCAGUCUUCUCCCAAGCCUCUUUUGCAGGUUGUCCGGUUAAACUUUCAGAAUCGCCCAGGCUCCCCGAUGAACCAAUCGGCCUUUAUCAACAAGUCCAAGAAUACGGUUACGUAUUACGUCACUUCACCAAGUAACCAAACUACGUCAGUCCUGUUUGACCGCAAGAAUGGCUUCAUUUGCUACAAGCCUUCAGGGCAAAAUCACUGUUAUCUGAGGAUGAUGGAUGCCCAAGACUAUGACACCAUGCAGAUGUCCUUCAACCUGUCGGAGCACAGGGUGGAUCAGUUGCCACUUCCCAAUGACAAGACCCAGUACUACCGGGAGUUCCUAGGGAUCGUGCCAGGCAGACCAGUGCGGCCAGAGGAAGCUGGAGGGGCCAUCCGCUCCCUGUGUGAGCAGGUGCCCAUCUACUGGGUCAAGAAAAAAGAUGGUCCUCCAAAGCAGCGGCUCAUCUACCUGUGCAUUGACAUCUGCUUUCCGAGCAACAUUUGCGUCUCCAUCUGUUUCUACUACCUGCCGGAGUGA